AUGAUAAAUUCAAAACGAAAACAUAGCGAGACAGACAAAGUAGAUAACAACCCUAUUCAAACGUCACAAGAAGAGACUGAUUGUGCAGUCCAACAUAAAGGUAUUUCAGCUGCUGAUAUAUCGAUAUGCGCCUCGGUUUUGUCGGCUUUCGAUGACAAAAACAGUUUUCUUUCUGUCAAAAGCUCUGAAUAUGCGAUAUUACGACCAUUAGUCUACCGUUUAUUCACAUUAGACAAAAAGUACAAGGCUGAAAGACGCCGAGAUCGACGACAAGAAUUUAAAACCAACGAUCAAAAAAAAAAAUCUCUAACGGUAUUGCGUUCAUCUCGCGCAAAAGCCUUGAAACAUUUACAACUGCAAAAUAUUCUCGUUCCAGACGGCGUUGUAGUUGAAACAAAAGACUCUCCCACACCUGAAUUGUUUAAGCAGGUGCUCAAUCUACCAAUAAUGUGCUACAUUUGCAAGGUAAAAUACAACACACUGCAUUUUUUCUACGAUCGUCUAUGUCCAACGUGUGCUGACUUCAACUAUCAAAAACGAUCGCAGACGGUCGAUAUGUCCAAUAAAAUAGCUCUGGUCACUGGUGGUCGAAUCAAAAUUGGUUAUCGAGUCGUUCUAAAACUAUUGCGUUCAAACUGUUUUGUAAUAUCGACAACUCGAUUUCCCGUCGAUUUUGUGAGACGAUUGAAAGCGGAGACGGACUACGAUCAAUGGAAAUUGAACAUUCAUGUGUACGGAGUCGAUUUUCGAUUUAUUGAUGUUGUAGAAAAUUUUUGUCAAUUGUUGCUUGAUAAAUACGACAAACUUGAUAUUAUUAUUAAUAAUGCGUGCCAAACAGUUCGAAGACCAGCUCCUUUCUAUGCUCAUUUAAUUGCGCACGAAAGAGUCAAUUAUGCGUUGCUGUCGAGUGAUGAACACUAUAUUUUGGGCAAUAAUAAUGAGUUUUGGCAACAUCAGUCAAUAGCAUAUUCAAGCAGGCAAAAUCAGCAAUUAGCUAUAACUGCAUCACAUGAGGACGAAGGAACGUUGACAUCGUUAUGCUGUGAAUCAACUCAAAUCAACCAUGUACCCGUUUCCCCGACGUCUGUUGUUCGAGACUUUCCUCUCGCUGCGUACGAUGUUAAUCAGCAACAAAUUGAUUUGAGAACCCAAAACUCAUGGACAAUGAAAUUAGGUGACCUAUCGACCGUUGAAAUUAAUGAAGUGCUGACAAUAAAUACAUUGGUUCCAUUUAUUUUGAACAGUCGAUUAAAGAGUCUUAUGUCAAAGAGACAAGACGAUAUGAAAUUUAUCAUUAACGUUAGUGCGAUGGAGGGCUCGUUUAGUCGAAGAAAUAAAACAGACAAACAUCCACACACGAAUGCUGCUAAAGCCGCACUCAACAUGAUGACAAGAACAUCAGCAAAUGAUUAUGUGAAAUCAAAUAUUUACAUGGUGUCGGUUGAUACUGGAUGGAUUAAUAGUGAAAAUCCUGUGCACAUGGCCAUGAGAAUAAUGCAAAAACAAGAUUUUCAAACACCACUAGACGAAGAGGAUGGAGCUUCUCGAAUCCUAGACCCGAUUGUGACAGCAUUUCACAAUAUUGCAAAUGGCGUAACUGAACUCAACAUACCUUAUGGCUAUUUUUUGAAAGAUUAUAAAAAAUGCCAGUGGUGA